AUGAAGAACCAAAAGAGGAUUCAUGAGGAACUGUCCUUGAGCAUAAGCACUUUGGUUCAAAGUCAAAUAAGGAUAGAAGACAUGAUCACAACAGGAACCUUGCGUUCAUAUGCAGAUUCCAGUCCAGUCAAAAAAAUGUUGCAUGCUCCCACCAUGAAGCUCUAUGUCGUCAAAGAAGUACAUCUUCUAUUUAACUCUAAGGAACCCUUACAUAAUAAGGAAAUUCGUAAAAACCUAAAAGAUUGGAUCUCAUUUUGGUAGAGUAAAUGCUCCAAUUCAAUAUAACAUGUUUAAAUCUACUCAACUUUCUGGAGUACACCUGAAGGUUACGUCUCAAUUGUGAUGGAGUACAUGAAUGGGGGAUCCUUACAGAACCUACUAGAGAGCAUGGGUGUCUUACCUGAAAGAAGUAUCAAACAAUUAGUCUAACCGAUUUUGUAUGGGUUGCAAAGAAUCCAUCAAUCAGGUGCUUAAUGUCAUGGAGCACUUGGACCAUCACAAAUCUUAUUUCUAAGAGAUGGCACAGUCAAACUCAGUUAAGGAUUGCAAUACAGAGCCUAAAUUCAAGGAAAUUCAGCUUUCAAUCAAUACAUCCUCGGAAGAGCCAAAGAUUCCUAAAGUUUAUAUGAUCCAUCCAUAUUAGAGACACCUUCCUUAUGGAGCAAAGCACCUAGUGAGAAAUAUCACUUCCCCAUCUAAGAUGAUUUUAUUUUAGAACGUGCAAAUGACAUUUGGAAACUUGGAUGGCUAAUAUUGAAUUGUGCUAUUGGCACUAUGGAAUUCCAUCCAAAAGCCUAACAAAUAUAUGAAGGUUCACGCAUAAUACUUGAAGAGAUUACUAAAUAUGUUGAUCAACUAAAAGACACUUGCUGUUUAUUACAUAGUGAACUUAAGGUUAUCCAAUUUGUUGAGUAGAAUUCUAAAAUAUUCAAUGAACCUACUAGGAUUACCAUAUUAGAUUUAUUGCCACCCGAUAAAUUUAGUGCUGAAUUCAUUCAAUUUUUAUGUUCUACCCUUAAAAUCGAUCCCAGGCAAAGACUCUUUACUGAGUAAUUAUUAUAGCAUUCCUGGUUAACAGGAGGUAAAGAAUGCAAAGGUCCAAAUGUACAAUUAAAAGAACUAAUUUCCAUCUCCAAUGCUUGGAAUACCUUCUUGCCAGAAGAAUUUCAAGGACAAGGAGCUUAGAAAUUAGAAAGACUCUGUGAUGCAUUAUGUUUGGUUUUAUAAAAUUCUGAAAAACCUACUGUCAAUAAAAUGCAUCUCUAGGAAAAUAGUCCAAUUAUCAAAGAACUCUCCCAUGAUAUGGGUAUCAAUGCCAAAGUAAUAAGUGAAAGACUAAUUUCAAUUUUCCAAUCGUUAAUUUGA